UCUGACAGGCUAAAUUGCGGGCGAAAUAAACACAGUGCAAUAAAUAGGCGUCACUUCGAGCUCGUGAUACAAGGAAAUAAAAAGGUGCCAAGGCGUCUUUCGUUCUCACUUGAAACUGACUGAAGAGCUACAAAAGGCUCAAACCGAAAGAAACAUGGAUAUCCGGACUGGUUUCAUCGUUUUGUUCUGCUUUAUGGGAUUCACCUGUGCGGAACCGGUGAAAUUCGCUGACUGCGGCUCCUCUUCUGGUAAAGUGUCCACAGUGGACAUUAGCCCUUGUGCCACUCAGCCAUGCCAGCUACACAGAGGAGAGUCCUACAGUGUCAAUGUGACAUUCAACAGUGCUGUGUUGAGCCAAACGAGCAAAGCAGUGGUUCACGGUAUUAUUGCUGGAGUUCCCAUCCCCUUCCCCAUUCCCAUUGAAGAUGGCUGCAAGUCUGGGAUCCAGUGUCCCAUCCAGAAGCAGCAGAAGUAUCACUAUGUGAACUUGCUUCCUGUGAAGUCUGAGUAUCCUGCAAUAAAGCUGGUCGUGGAGUGGGAACUGAGAGACGACAACAAAGAAGACUUGUUCUGCAUCAGGUUCCCAGUUCAGAUCGUGAGCUAAGAUGGCAACAGUACUUCUGACAAGUGUUGUUUUUGUUUUAAAAGGGAUACAGCUUUACGUAAAAAAACAGAUAAUUUAAAUUCAUUAAUCAAACUGAUUUUAAGAUGUAGCUUGUUUUUCACUAGUUUUCAAGACUUUUCUGCACUCUCACAUUUUGAAUCCUGCUGAAAUGAACCGCUGCUUUUUCUGCUUCCUAACAGUCGAUUUUAAGAGAUGUGGCUGCGACACAAUGCAGUUAAUGUUUGUGAAUGACCGUGAAACACAUUUACUACAGUGCAAAUGUUUUGUCUAACUGGCUGCUGUGUAGUCAGAAGGUACACACUGUACUUCUUCGCUAAGACUUUUGGAAUUGUUCUUACUAACCUUGUACUACUAUAUGAUGGCAUUGUAAGUGAAAAUGAGAAAUUAUAAUAAAAUCUAAUCUGUACCAAA